AGCCGGAUCGGUCAUUAAAGUUUGCACGCAGGCGGGCAGGAGUGGCUGGCCCCGCGUGCGAACGUUGAAACUAGCGAAGACCUGCGGGUUGUGGGCGUGGGGCGGUGUAUGUGCUUUACGCAAAACGUAACAAAUUUUCUGACGUUAGUGCGUAUUUAGUGCGUUAGUGCGGACAAUGUAUUUACUCGUAACAGUGGUGGGCUUGUUAGCCAGUGUGCGUGCUUUCAACUUGGAACCGAGGCUACCUCUUCUGAAGCAGGGGACGAAAGGCAGCUACUUUGGAUACUCCGUCUCCGAACAUCAGACCGUCGAAAACGGCGUGACCAUCGAAAGCCUGAUGCUCGUUGGAGCACCUCGAGCUCAGACAAGCCAACCAGGCACAAACCGGUCCGGUGCUGUCUACCGUUGCCCCAUGAGUACACGUUACGAUGACUGCACACAACUUCCUGUAGAUAAUGAUACCACUGCGCCUGAUAAAGAAGUGCUGAAAGACGACCAGUGGCUGGGUGUCACUGUCCACAGCCAGCGUCCUGGAGGUUCCGUUCUGGCGUGUGCCCACAGGUAUGUCAACAAGGGUGAGACGUACCGGUGGGGCCGAGGUAUCUGCUACACGCUUAGUCAAUUCCUAGACCUGCACCGGGCUUGGGAACCUUGUGAAAACCGGCCUGUUGACAAGGCACAUGAACAGUUUGGUUUCUGUCAGGCCGGAACCAGUGGUGUGAUCUCAGAGGACUCAACCAUUGUUUUGGGUGCUCCUGGUCCCUACACAUGGAAGGGAACUGUCUUCACUAUAACAGUGCAGCGGACACUGCGUGACUGGGCUUGGUCUGUCAGUCCCUUCUUGGAUGAAGAGGCACCAGUUGAGAAGUACAGCUACCUUGGCAUGUCGGUAACAUCUGGCAAGUUUUUCAACAACAAUAUGCAAUAUGUGGCUGGGGCUCCUCGGUCAAAUGGAACCGGGAAAGUGGUGUUCUUUGGCAAGGAGAAGGGGCUGUCAAACCUGCGCACGCUGCUUAUUCUGAAUGGAGAGCAGUUUGCUUCAUCCUAUGGCUACUCGCUCACAUCACUGGAUCUCAACAAAGAUGGACUAAUUGACCUUGUAGUGGGUGCUCCAUUCUAUCAUGGCAAAGGUGAAGGAGGUGCCAUAUACAUCUACCUCAACUCAAAGAAGGUAGCUAAGGCAUAUCCAAAGACACUAAGCACAUCAAGCUUAUUGGGAAAGAUGAAUCCAGACCUUGCUGUUGGUGCACCAUACGAAAGUGGGGGUGGUGCCAUCUACAUAUAUUUGGGGUCAGCAGAUGGCAUUGUCAAGGAACCGUCUCAGGUUAUACGUCCACGAGACCUUCCAAACGAGAUAAAGGAUAGGGUUAGCACAUUGGGCUACUCCCUGUAUGGAGGCAUGGAUUUGGAUUCCAAUGGCUAUCCUGACCUUCUUUCGGGAAAUUAUGAGGCGGAUAGUAUAGUCCUCUUCAGGGCUCGUCCAAUCAUUGACAUCAGUACCAGAGUCAAAGGAACACUGCAGAACAUAGACCCUGCUGUACAGGGCUGCCCAGAUGACCCCGACAGUCGUUACGUGUGCUUCUCCUUCGAAGCCUGCUUCCAGUUUCUGCACAGCACUAUGCCCAAGCUGCGCAAUGGAACUGAGGCGGCACUGUUGCUCAACUACCGCAUUGAGCGCAUCUGCCAACUCAGGAGCAUCCCCAACAUUGUAGAGCGGGAACUGGAAGUUCCAUGGUAUGCUGCAGGCAGGGAACACUGUUCCAAGGAACUGGUCUACCUCAAGGACAAAUCUGACAUUCAGAGUGCAAUAAAGAUGAAACUCAGCUAUUCGCUGGUUCAGAGGGUUCCUCGACUCCCAAUUCCUGGUGCCUCCCUGCCCGACAUCGAUCGCUUUCCAAUCCUGAACCAGAAGGAAGCCUCUAGGGUCUUUGAGGCACGCUUCCUCAAGAACUGUGGAAGCAAUGACAUUUGCGAGAGCGAUCUCCAUGUCCAAGCUAGAUUACUUCUGCCCAAGGAGGAAGGUGUUCCUGUGCUGUUCCUUGGUGAAGAACAUGUCAACAUGUCAGUGAAAGUGUUCAACCGGGGUGAACCAGCCUACGAUGCUGCUCUGUACAUCUUCCACUCACCCGCAUUAAGCUAUGUUGGCCGCAAGCUUCUGUCCACAGGCCUGGAUGUGGUUGAUUGUGUUCCUCAAGCUACACAUGUUAAAUGUGAGCUUGGAAAUCCUCUAAACCAGGGUGAGAUUGAGAUACUUCUUCGGUUUAAUACUCGUAGUGAGGCUGAUGCUGAAACUAGCCUGAAAUUUGCCAUCAAGGCUAAUACCACAAGCCAAGAAGUGAGCCCUCAAGAAGACCUGGCCAUACAUGUCAAUGUUGUUCGUGUUGCAGAACUUGAACUCAGGGGAGCCACACAGCCAGAACAGGUAUGGUAUGGAGGUGCGGUUGUUGGAGCACAUGCCAUGAAGCAUUUUGAUGAAAUCGGCAGCAAGGUUACCCACACUUACCAGGUGUUCAACCAUGGUCCUUGGGCUGUGCCCUCUCUUGAUGUUGUUGUUUCCUGGCCAUAUGAAGCUGAAAAUCAGCAGCAGCAUGGAAAAUAUCUUCUAUAUGUGACUCAUGUUCCUCAGGUGGCCGGGGAUGGAGAAUGCUUCAUGGAAGAGGGUCAGGUUAACCCACUUGGAUUAAAGGACCGACCGAGUGCCAUCACUGCUGCUAGUCGCACCAAGAAACGGGAAAAAAGGGAGAUAGUUGUCUCUCCUGAGGAGGUGCGCCUUGAGGGCAAAACUGUUAGGCUUGUCACAAUGAACUGUCAUCGGCGCAGUGCCAAGUGUUUCAAGUUCCGGUGCAGCAUUCGUAAUCUCAAGAAGCAGUCAUCUGCUACAGUCACCAUUGCAGCUAGGCUGUGGAAUGCUACUCUUGUUGAGGACUAUGCUACAGUUGACCAGGUCAGCAUAUUAUCCUCGGCCGAAAUUGUUCUUGAUUCAUCCCUGGAGAUUCGGCAGAAGGAAGAGGACGACUAUGCAGAGGCAGAAACGAGGGCUUACCCCGAUGCAAGCUUGUACCAGAAGACGGAAGGUGUGGCUCUCUGGAUCAUCAUCCUUGCCAUUGUUGCAGGCAUCUUGCUGCUACUAUUAGUCAUCUUCAUCCUCUACAAGUUGGGCUUCUUCAAGCGGAAACGGCCAGCUGAUGGCUACUCCCCAGCACCUACAUCGGACAAGGAUUUUAAUGGCACAUAAUGAAGAAACAGUAUGCGUCAACAACAUCCGAGCCAAGUGGAACGAGUAUGACAUCCGUCCGGGCGUGCUGUCCACGUGCACCUUCCUAGCCAACCUCGGGUCGAGGUCUGCCGAUAGCUGCAUGCCCAGCGGUGCCUAUGUCAAGCCGCUAACCUCCAUUAAUUUCUUACCGUCUUCAGCGCCUUCAUCUUCAGUACUUUACA